CAGGAAGCCAGCCAGUGCCCGCCCCAGCCUUAGGCCCUGCUGUCGCUGUGAGAGAACACCACCAUGUCGGAGCCACCCCGGGCUGAGACCUUCAUCUUUCUGGACCUGGAAGCCACUGGGCUCCCCAAUGUGGAUCCUGAGAUCGCUGAGUUAUCUCUCUUUGCUGUCCACCGCUCUUCCCUGGAGAACCCAGAGCGGGAUGACUCUGGUACCCCCAUGCUGCCACGGGUCCUGGAUAAGCUCACACUAUGCAUGUGCCCAGAGCGCCCCUUCACUGCCAAGGCCAGUGAGAUUACUGGUCUGAGCAGUGAAGGUCUGGCACGGUGCCGGAAGGCUUGUUUCGAUGAUGCUGUAGUGAGGACACUGCAGGCCUUCCUGAGCCGCCAGGAGGGCCCCAUCUGCCUGGUGGCCCACAAUGGCUUUGAUUACGACUUCCCUUUGCUGUGCACGGAGCUGCAACGCCUGGGUGCUCACCUGCCCCAGGACACUGUCUGCCUGGACACGCUACCAGCACUGCGGGGCCUGGACCGUGCCCACAGCCAUGGCACCCGGGCUCAGGGCCAUAAGAGCUACAGCUUGAGCAACCUCUUCCACCGCUAUUUCCAUGCUCAGCCGAGUGCGGCCCACUCAGCGGAGGGCGAUGUGCAUACCCUGCUCCUGAUCUUCCUGCACCGUGCUGCUGAACUGCUUGCCUGGGCAGAUGAGCAGGCCCGCAGCUGGGCCCACAUUGAGCCCAUGUAUGUGCUGCCCGAUGGCCCGAGCUUUGAGGCCUAAGUGCAAGCUUGCCUGUGCAGUCAUGCUGAGGCUGCGAGCUGCUGCCGACCAGAACCUUGCUUCUCGUCCCCAGCACACAGCAUGCAUUCCCCAGCCCUAACCUCACUGGCCGUGGAGCCCUAGCGCCUUCUCUCAGCAGAUGGCUGCUUCAAGGCUUCCAUUUUU